UCCGUGCUCUUGGCGCAGUGAGACGAAGCGGAAGAGAAAAAACAUCCCUGCUCCUGUCUGUCUGUCUGUGGUCUGUGUCAUCGAUUCAGGAGCGAACAAGUCGGCUGUGGUCGCCGUGCUUACAUCCGACCCCCCGUUAAACAGCAACAUCGGACGGCCACGACACAAGGGGGAAUGGAGUCGCACGGCAGAGACGAAGUGAAAGGGCCGGUGCUGCACAUCGUGGUGGUUGGAUUUCACCACAAAAAGGGCUGUCAGGUUGAGUUCUCGUACCCGCCGCUGCUGCCAGACGAGGGUCAUGACAGCAACCUGCUGCCAGAAGAGUGGAAAUACCUCCCUUUCCUGGCUCUUCCUGACGGAGCCCACAACUACCAAGAGGACACUGUGUAUUUCCACUUGCCGCCCCUCAGUGGAGACAUGAAGUGUGUCUAUGGAGUUUCCUGCUAUCGCCAAAUAGAAGCAAAGGCCCUGAAGGUCCGUCAGGCUGACGUUACCAGGGAGACGGUUCAGAAGAGCGUCUGUGUCCUCAGUCGAGUGCCUCUCUACGGUCUACUUCAAGCAAAACUGCAGCUCAUCACGCACGCCUACUUCGAGGAGAAAGACUUUUCACAGAUCUCCAUCCUAAAGGAACUUUACGAUCACAUGAACGGCUCGCUGAGGGGAUCCUCUCUGGAGGGAUCACAGGUUUAUCUAGGGUUAUCACCAAGAGAUCUAAUACUGCACUUCAGGCACAAGGUUCUCAUCCUCUUCAAGCUUAUUCUGCUGGAAAAGAAGGUCCUGUUCUAUGUGUCUCCUGUCAACAGACUAGUUGGAGCUCUGAUGACGGUUUUAUCGCUGUUUCCAGGUAUGAUUGAGCACGGCCUGGUGGACUCGUCUCACUACAAACCUAAGAGCAGCGUGUCGGAGGACCUCAGUCUGGUGGAGAGCAUCUCUGGAGCUGAGGAGUUCGUCUCUGUGUCCGCCACCGACAUCGCCAGCACCCCCCUGGAGCUGGAGACGGCCCAGUCGGCCUCAGACGCCCUGUCCUCCGGGAACAGCACGGAGGGGGACAGCAACCACCACCUCAAGCCCCCGACGCGCACCUCUCCAGAGUCCUCCGAGAGCGACUGGGAGACUCUGGACCCCAGCGUGUUGGAGGAAACCGGUCCUAAAGAGGCAGCCGAGACGGAGCCGGGGCUCCCGGACGCCUUCGACUCCAAACCUGGGACGCCCAUCACUGUGCAGCCGCAGGCGGUCAGCGAUCAGGGAGCUGUCAGCCAGGGCCUGGUGUCGGGUCUGGAUGAGGACCAGUACGGCCUGCCACUCGCCAUCUUCACCAAGGGUUACCUCUGCCUGCCUUACAUGGCCCUGCAGCAGCAUCACCUCCUGUCAGACGUGUCGGUGCGAGGCUUCGUUGCCGGGGCGACCAACAUCCUCUUCCGCCAGCAGAGGCACCUCAGCGACGCGAUUGUUGAAGUGGAGGAAGCUCGCAUCCAGAUCCAGGACCCGGAGCUCCGAAAGGUCCUGAGCCUGACGACGGCAGACCUGCGCUUCGCCGACUACCUGGUGAAACACGUGACGGAGAACAGAGACGACGUCUUCCUGGACGGGACGGGUUGGGAGGGCGGAGACGAGUGGAUCAGAGCCCAGUUCACCCUCUACCUCCACUCGUUACUGUCCUCUGCAUUACAGCAAGAUAACGAGAGGCUGCUGGCUGACUACGGUGCGCCCUUCGUCACGGCGUGGAAGAUCACCCACAACUAUCGGGUGUGGUACAGCAACAAGCACCACGCCAUGACCGCCAUCACCCCAGGUCACCCGUUCCAGGGCCAGUACAGUGUCACAGACGUGAAGCUACGACUCUCACACUCGAUGCAGAACAGCGAGCGAGGGAAGAAGAUCGGGAACGCCAUGAUGACCACCAGUCGCAGUGUGGUCCAGACCGGGAAGGCCGUGGGUCAGUCAGUGGGCGGAGCGUUGACCAGCGCGAAGACGGCCAUGUCCUCCUGGUUCUCCACGCUGGCCCAGCCCGCACAGAUAACCACCCCGACGGGUCCCGAGCCAGACGCAGAGGUUAAACCAUGACUCUCGAAAACCCCCCCAGUGACUGUGUCUCCUCGUCCUCCGUGAGCCCCGCGCUCGUUUUAGUCAGGAUGCGAGCGUCUUUCUUCAAAUCUGAGUCUGAACCGUAGAACCAGGGAGUCACCAAACCAAGAUGGAAGGUUCUGAACUUUUUUCCAGCAUCGCAUUAAGCAGGAUGCCACUCCGGGCAGCAAGGCAGCACUGCCAUUACACUAACUGUACAGUCCAUAUCCACUGUGAGGCAGGAACUGCCACUGCUUUUGAUCAAAACCAGAAAAUUCGGCAGGCUGCAUUAUGUCUGAGAGCCUGUUUGUCGCUGCUGCAGUGUGGUAUCGCUGGAUGCUUUUCUGUGAGACACGAAAGAUGCUGUCUCUGGGUUUGCGGUGUUCACUUUUCGCUGCGUAUUUAUACAGUUUGUCUAUAUAUAGCUGACUAUUUUGCUGAGAAUGGAAAAAAAAAUAAAUCUGUCACAGGAUUUGUCAGAAUAGCAUGAGCUGCAGCACCUUGAGAAAUGGUUUCACAUUUAAAUCCACUCUGACUCAUGUUGGUCAGCUCCUCUGGAGAAACACUGUGGUUCUUGUGGUAUUGUGUAAUUUCAACUAAUGUCCAGUGACUUAAGUAUUAAGUAACAGUUUUUCAAGGUGGAUUCUUUUUAAUUUCAAUUAAGUGUGAGCAUGCAAAAAAAAAAAAAAACUGUUACAAGACUGACAAAAUGCAGCUGAUGUUGUAGAAGUCGAGUCACAAUUGAAUACGCUAUAAAAUAACCAGGAUGAUAUGUAAACACGUCACGGUAGCUGAAGCAUUUUAGCCGACAGUGUGUUAAACCAGCUUAACUAAGAUCCUUUUUACUGUUUAGUUUGAAAAGAAACACAUUCACGAACGUAUCCAACAAAGUUUUGAUGAGACCAAAACUUAAAAGAAGGUGAAGAUUAGAGUCUGAACUUCCAGGUAGCUUUAGCUCGCUACCGUUUUUAGCAUUAAAGGACUAAAUAGAUGCUAAAGGCUUUAGCUAACGUCACAAGAAAAACUAAAUAAAUCAGUGUCAUCACAUAUGCAUUGACUGGGGGUACUAAAAAUGUUAUAUUAUAGAAUUAUUAUAUUAUAAAAAACAUUAUAUAAAUUCAUUUUCUUCUUCAAAGCUUGUUCAGUACAUUUUUAAUUAGUUUUGUCGCAGCCCUAAACUUAACUUACUCAAAAAAUAUUAAAAUAAAUGACACAAUUACUAAAACAACCACAGUGUUCUCACAGAAAUCCUUGAGAACGUAAUGCCUGACUUGUCCCUUAAUUAUGAAGGAACCUGCACCCAGCUCUGUGUUUUGAGGUGUUGUCAACCCUCACCCAGGCCUUUUUGUACUUUGCUGUCAGUAAAUAUAAAUAUAUAUAAUGGAGAUCUAUAUUUAGUAAAGCAGAAGAUAGUUUAAAGGCAGUUAACUUAUUUAUUUGUUGUGUAACUUUUUAAAAAUAUCCAUGUUUUGUCACGACAACACUGGAACAAGUCCCAGUCUGCGGACCACUGUAUGUAUUUGCACAGAGCAGUCGUUAUAUUCUUUCCAUGUGCAUCUUUUCCUCGUGUACCUGUAGUUUCGAGGCGCUCACAGGGCCUCUUCCCUCCGCGCUACAAGCCCUCGACAACAGUUGGAUUAAAAGUGGUCCAGUCAGCAUGCCCUGUCCAGUCCAGUUCAGUUUUACAGCCGUCAUGAGUGUUUGCUUUUAAAUGUUUGCUUAGAUUUGGUUUUUCUUUACACCUUCUUCGGCCACUUCUGGAAUUUUAUUUUUACUUCUGGAUUAAGUACGGUAAAAUUACAGCUGCUUUUUUUUUUUUUUUUUUUUUUUAAAUCCUCUGAUGAUAUAUUUUCAUUUUGUAUUUUAAAAGAAAACGUGAAUGUAUUGUGAACUGAGAUUCACGCGAUAUUUUUCUUGACAGAUGCUUUUAAUGUAUUGGAGAAUCAAAGUGAUAUUAUACCCUAUUGCUGUAUUAAAAAUAACAACAAAACAGAAAUAGCGCGGCCUUUUUUCGUUGCGGGAGCAUUCUUCUAAUCCUUUUGGGUUUAUGUUUGGGAACAAAUGUGGCUCAGCCAAACAAAGCAGAGGCAAAUGUGUGUUUGUAGAGAGGGGCUGUUGUUGUGGUGCCGGCACAUGGCUCGACAAAAACACACCCAUGCGCCGUCCAAUAACUAUUCGGCAGCUUCACAGGGACCUCGAGAACCCGUUGACCUCGGGGCAGGCAGGAACUCACACCCACUGAUCCCGACUGAAUAAAUAAUAAAGCCCGAUGAGCCGCCACCGAACUCGCAUGGAAACAGAAAAAUAAAAGCAAAUACACAUUAGUUUCCCACCAUGAAUCAACUCAUUUCAUGUAAUGAAAUUUGAAAUAGUGCCAGUUGUGUAUUAUAACACAUUCAAUUGUGUGACUCAAAAACUUUUAAAGAAUAUGUUUAAUGAAUAUAUAUAUUUUUUUUAACCAAAAAGAAUCAUUUACAACUGACUCAGUCACUUUUUGUAGACUUUUCAAUAAACCCACCACAUCCGAGUCAAAAACAAACCAAACAGGAAGUCAGUUUCAGGAACGUUUUUGGUAUGUUUUUUAAUAAAUUAACGUUCAUUCAAAAUACAGUGCCAAAGGAAUAUGAUGCAGCCAAACAUGCUAGUAAGGUUUGUCAUGAAGCACCUGUGCUCAUGUUUGUUUUUUUUUUUCUGUUUUUUUUCUUUUUUUUUAAAGUUGGAGGAAGAACCCCUCCCCUCCCCGACCCGACCCCUUCUCCACUGCUGCUAGUGGUUGCCGGGACGAUUUCCAUAGCAACAGCUCUGGGCCAGCCCUCUCCUCUAAUAACCCAUCAGCAGCAAGAUUUCUCAGUAUUCACUCAGAGAAAUGAAAUCCGAUAGGAAAAAUGGACAUCUACCCACAAUCACACUACAGUAAUGUCUGAUAUUAAAUUAAAAAAAAAAAAAAAAAAAAAAAAA